CGUUCACGGAGUGUUGUCGUGUUCGCGUUCGCUUCACAUUUUCGAGACGAGCGUCUAGUAUAGAGAGACAUAUUGCAAACUUGAGCAUAUUUCAAUUUUUUCCGUCGUAGAAUAUAAAUUCUCAAGUUGUCCAUUAUCUUUUCAUUGUCGGUGGAACGUUUUUUACGCUUUAUCUGAUUUAAAAAUCGCGAUUCUGGACACGUUAUCGUGUGAAAAAAAGAGUGCAUGCUGGAACAAAAAAUCGUCCUUUCGUCACGUCCUUGUCUACCUGUCACGAGAUCAGUGAUCUAUCCGAAACGACAAACAUGUAAAAGAAAACACGAUUGAAAGGAAGAAAAAAAAAGAAAAAAGCCAUCGUGUUCUGGAAUUAUACGUCGGAUAAAGAUCGAAUCGGAUAACGGACAACUUUCGAUCUCGAUCUGUCAGCCUCGGAAUCAACUGUCGAUGCGACUCUUCGAUCGAUAUCGACUCUCGUAAGAAUGCGUGGCUGAAACAGAAGCGACGGACAAUUUUGUCUUUUCUUUUUUUUCCCAUUGAUCGACGAAAGAUCCAGAAUCAGCAAGUCAUCAAAUUGCGAUCAAAGAUGCGGCCUAUCGUGACGAUUUUCUUAUUCAUACCAUUCUUGCUUGUCGCGUGGCAAAACGGCGCGCAGGCUAACUGGUGGUAUUUGGGUGUGGAGCCGCGAUUGAACAGUGGAUUGAGCCCUGGAAGUGGUGGCGAUGGCCAAGCGCAGAUCAUUGGUGCGGGUGUGAUUGGACCAGCGAGCGCCGAAAAGAACUGCAAAAGCACGCACCUGACCGCGAAACAGCAGGCGAUAUGCUCCCGCUCUCCGCCAGUCCUGCAGGCAGUAAGUGCUGGCGCGAGAUUGGCGAUUGAGGAGUGUCAGCAUCAGUUCAGAUCGGCAAGAUGGAACUGCUCCAUCACUCCGGAAAAUCCGGAUAAUAUUUUUGGCGGCGUGAUGCUAGUCAACAGUCGCGAAGCAGCAUUUGUAUAUGCAAUAUCGGCGGCAGGGGUUGCUUAUAGCGUCACCAGAGCUUGUUCCAGGGGCGAACUCACCGAUUGCUCGUGCGACAACCGGGUCAGAACACGCCAUCCGAAUAAUUGGCAAUGGGGCGGCUGUAGCGAGGAUAUUCAUUUUGGAGAGAAGUUCUCGCGAGAAUGGUCAGACAGUGGCGAAGAACCUGUAAAAGAGGGUGUGCUGCAUGGACCGAAAGGGCUGGCUGGCCAGCUAAUGAGGAAGCACGAUAGUGAAGCUGGCAGGCGUGCAGUCCGCUCAAGAAUGCAACGCGUAUGCAAGUGUCACGGAAUGUCUGGCUCAUGCAGCGUACGUGUUUGUUGGAGAAAAUUACCAGCAUUUAGGGUAGCUGGAGCAGCAUUAGCCGCAUUACACGAAGGCGCAGCUUUGGUACGAUUGGCACAACGUGGUGGAAGAAGACCAGCAAGAUUGAGGCCUGCCCGUCCAGAUCUCAAACGACCUAAUAAAACGGAUCUAGUAUAUCUUGAAGAUAGUCCUGAUUAUUGCGAAAAAAAUAUAACGCUCGGUAUUCCCGGGACAAGAGGAAGGAUAUGCAAUCGAACGUCUCUUGGAUUGGACGGAUGUCGAUUAUUAUGCUGCGGUCGGGGUUACCAAACGAGAGUCCGAGAUGUGACAGAAAAAUGCAACUGUCGAUUUGUCUGGUGUUGUCACGUGAAGUGCGAGCUGUGUCGACACAAACGAGAAGAGCACGUGUGCAAUUAGGCGGUGAAGAAAACGAAAAAAAAAAAAAAGAAAAAGAAAAAAGAGCGAUAAAAAAUACAUUCCGAUCGGCCUACCUACCGAAAGGUGCUUAACGACCCCGCGUCGAGGCAAUGUCUAUGAUCCCUCGAUAUACGAUGGUCCAUUCUCAUGGCCGCGAUGGAAUCAAGGUAGAGACUGUGCAUCUACCAUCUCUGUGUUUUUCUUUUUCUAAUUUUUUUUUUUUUUUUUGUAUUUUGUAUUUUCUCCGUUUAAGUUAACUUAUCGAAGCUUCUGAUAUGGAAAAUAGUUGCGAGACGAGUAGAGAAAACCGCCGCGAGAGGCUACGAAGUGUGACACGUUUUCGUUAUUAUUUUGUACCUGACAGUCAGAGUGUCGUAAGUCCACCAAUCGUUUCAGCAAUCAUCGAUUUUGGGUGCAUACCGGAUGGUUAAAAGAAUAUAUCUAUAUGUGUUUUGCAAUUUACAGAACAAUAUCAUUGAUCACCUUUAAUAUCUCUUGUUAUUUUUUGAUGAUAAAAAUAAGUAUCGAAGGAAAAAGUAUCUUUUUUUAUUUACAAUAUUUCAUUUUAUAAAAGAUACAUUAUAUUACAUUGAACUUACAAACUUUUUACUUAAUUAUUUGUGAAAAUAAUAGAAUAUAAAAAAAUUAAAAAAUUAAGUAAUUUUAAGAAUAAUCUCAUGAAACCAUAAAUAAUGUUAGCAUGUUUUAUAAUACAUUUUAUUUAAAUAAUCUUUAAAUAAGCUUUAAAUAAUCUUAAAAGAAUUGAUAAUCUUGAUAAUAAUAAAUUUAAAAUUAAUGAUUUUUCUCUAUUAUACAUUGUUAAUCACAUUUGAUGGAGAUAUUUAAGGUAAUAAUAAAAAAUGGAAUAUCCUAUAGAAUGAAGUCUCAAUUAAAAAAUUUUUGUCAGAAAAUCAAAUCUCAGUAUUAGCGUUGCGACAGUGAGUACAAGAUAUUUGUAAAGAUGCAUUAACGUGGCUUAUUAUACUAGUCUGGCUUUCGGGUGCACCAUUAUUUAUGUAAAUGUUAAUAUAUUGAGAAUAAAAUAUGGAAAUCACUUCAAUUUCAAAGAAUAUCUAAAAAUGUUAUGGGAAUUGGCUUCGACUAUAGGAUCCAGGCAAACAUGUAAAAUGAGCAUAGGAUAAAAUAAGAAAAAAAACAAAAAACAAAAUUUUUUUAAAGUUUUAUUUUUGAAAAAAAAUUUGAAAAUUUUUUGAGCACAAAUGAUAUUGAUUAAUUCCUAGAAUGAAUGAAUCAAUAUCAUCAGAAGAUCAAUUAUCAAUAAAAAAUUAUUCUACAUAUAAAAGAAAGCAAAAAAUAAAAAAUUAAUUUGAUUUUUUUUUCUUAUUUUUUUCAUAAAGAACAUUGUAUAUCUAUUCUAUGCUUAUUCAGCUGGAUUCUGUAUAAAGGCAUAUGUUAAAUACCUAGUACAUAAAUACAUAGUAGUAUUCCUAUUAUACUACAAUUUACAUAAUCGAUAUUAAAUCUUUUGGACAAAAAUCUUUUUUUUCAAUCAAUUUUUUAUUCGAAAACAAUUAAAAGUAUUCGCGACAUGCUGAUCUCAUUCUGAAACUCAAUAUGUUGAUAAUUUACAGUUUUUAUUCAUAUGAGAGAGAGAGAAAGAGAGAGAAUGAAAGAAUGAAAGAAUGAUGAUAGUAUGAAGCAUGUAUGUGUUUGCGCGUGAAUAAGAUAGUGUUGAAUAAACGAGCCUCUGAGCACGAAAAUGAAAUAGAGUAAUAUACGAGAUAUGAGGCCAUAUUCAACAACAUUCUUCUUUUUCUAUUUCUUUUUUUCUAUUUCCUUUCUUUAUAUUUUUUUCUUUUCUUUUAUUUUUUUGUUUGUGCUCGUAUAUUUGCGUAUGCCAUGAGAGUCUUAUUUAUAUUCGAAGUAAAGACCUUCACAAUGUGUAGGUAUCUCAUUGUAUACCAAUGCUCUCUAGUAUGUAGAACCACCUUGUCUUCACUUAAAUAUGAAGUGAACUAUAAUGAGCGGUAAAAAUAUACUUAUACUUUUUCCAGAUGUAAAAACAAAAU